AUGUAUUUGAUCAGUCUCCCUCUGCUUCUUGUUGGGGUUGCUGCUGUCGCCGGCAGCCCAGCCUCAAGUAUUUACACUCGCGAAGAUGAAUUACCUCUAAAUACAACAAAUCCGGUUGGGAAGAGCUUUAUUGUCGAAUUUUCACCUGGACUUGCGAAACUCCGGGAUGGCAUUUUGUCCCAGGAUGAUAUUGAGAUAGUCAAGACCUUCGAUAGUUCUGUUUUUCAAGGUGCUAGUGUCAAAACUGACUCCUACACUUUGGAAGAACUGCAAGCAUUGCCGGAUGUCUCCAGAGUAUGGCCCAACACGUUUCUUCAACUUGAGCCAUUGUCUCCUGAAGUGCUCGCCGAGAUUCCAUCAGACCCCAAGUACACUACGCACAACUCAACAGGAGUGAGCAAACUGCAUGACGCGGGUAUUUUCGGCGAAGGUGUAAAAAUCGGAGUUGUAGAUACUGGUAUUUAUUACACUCAUCCCGCGCUAGGAGGCUGUUUCGGAGAUGGGUGUAAGGUGGCCCGCGGCUACGACUUUGUUGGAAACGGAUAUUGGCCGAGCGAGGAGAGGGUUCCCGACGAUGAUCCUCUUGAUCAACAAGGCCAUGGUACUCAUGUCGCUGGAAUUAUUGCUGGUGACAACGGGUCAGGCUGGACUGGUGUAGCACCAAAGGCGACGCUCUAUGCCUACAAAGUGUUCAGUCUUUCUGCAGGAACCACCGAGGAUGUUCUCAUUGAGGCAUUCUUGAAAGCGUUUGAUGACGGCGUAGACAUCAUCACAUCGAGUAUCGGUGGUACCAGUGGUUGGUCCGACGGUGCUUGGGCCGUGGUUGCCUCUAGACUUGUCGAAGAAGGCGUUAUUGUCACCAUCAGUGCCGGAAACUCCGGUACAGCUGGGACAUUCUUUGGAAGCUCAGGUUCCAGUGGCAACGAGGUUAUCGCUGUGGCUUCUGUAGAGACUGAGACCUUUCCUGCCUCGCCAUUCAGUGCAACUUUCAGUCUCGACGGAACCGGCAACACCACCACAAUCGGAUACAUCCCUGCCACAAAUUACUUUCCCACCGAAGUUCAAGACUGGCCUGUGGUUGUCUAUAAUUUUGAUACCGCCGACCCUGCAGAUGGAUGCGAGCCGUAUCCUGAAGGCACUCCCAAGAUUGAAAAGGCCAUCCCACUUGUUCGCCGAGGCACUUGUACAUUUGCGACAAAGCAGGCUAAUCUUCAAGCACUUGGUGCUAAUUACAUCCUGUUUUACAACAACGAGAAUCCUCUUAUCGUGCCUAGUACCGAAGAAUAUGGAUCCCUGUUCGGCCUGAUCACCGCCAAAUCAGGAGAGGCGAUUAUUGAAACCAUCAAGGCUGGGGGCAACGUGACGGUAGACUUUACUGUCAACCCUGAGCAGCCAGUUGGCCUCGAGUACCCUUCAGGUGGUCGCCCAAAUGAUUUUACCUCCUGGGGUGGGACGUAUACUCUCCAAUUGAAGCCAGAUAUUGCUGGGCCUGGAGGCAACAUUCUCAGCACGUACCCCGAGGAUGCCUGGGCGGUUUUAUCGGGAACUUCCAUGGCCUGCCCCUAUAUAGCUGGUGUCGCAGCCUUGUACAUCGCCGCUCAUGGAGGCAGGGAGAAACAUGGCAAGGACUUUGGCAAGUGGCUUUCUAGGCGGAUCAUCGCUAGUGGAACUGCCCUCCCAUGGUAUGAUGGAAAGGAGGUUGUCGCGCCAGUCUUCCAAGUUGGAAACGGACUCAUUGAUGCAUUCAAGGUUGUCAAGUACACAACUGAUAUCCAAUUCGACAAGAUCGCGCUAAACGACACACGGUAUUUUAGCCGAUACCACGAUAUCACUGUGAAGAACGAGGGCGACAAAGAGGUCUCAUAUAAGCUCUCAUACCAGGCUGCCGCCGGAGUUGAAGCUGCCGGAGUAUACCCUCUUGCCAGCUACGAGGACUGGCGCUUGAAGAGCCUUUCCGAGCUGGUCCCGAUUGAGCUCGAACCAAAGAUCUACCUUCCUCGCGACUUUACUCUCAAGCCCGGGGAGUCCAAGACAGUCUCGGUUAGCUUUGAUAACCCCGACAAGCUGGGGUGGAAUGCAGCAUUGUUCCCUCUUUACAGUGGGAAAAUCAUUGUCACAAGCAGCCUUGGAGAACAACUUUCUGUUCCUUACGCAGGGCUCGGAGCCGACUUGAAAACACAACUAGAUCCUAUUUGGAGGGUCACUUACCCAUUCUCCAAAUCGAGCGUUCAGUUCACUGAUAUCAAAGACAAGCCUUGGUAUACCUUUGAUUUGAGCCUCAACCAACAAGAUUUCCCCAAGAUCUACGCCAAGAUCAAAUGGGGCACGAGCCAAAUUCGAUGGGAUAUAUUCGAAGCCGGGUGGAACGAACGCAACUGGAAAUAUCCUCCCAUUCCAGGUGAGAAUGGCUAUAUUGGGCCCGCUGCAUCUUGGGUUGGAGCUGGUCAAGUGAGCUACUUCAAUCCUGCAUGGUACGACCCUAAUGAAACCUUCACCUUCCCGGAGUAUAAUCUCUUCCGCAAUGCCCAGACCACGAACUCGUACCAUGAGUUCUGGUGGUUUGGAAAGCUGGGGAAUGGCAGUCAGAUUGAACUUGGAAAAUACACUAUGCGUUUUGCGGCGCUCAAGCCUUUUGGAAACCCAGAAGUCUCGGACCAAUGGGAUGUGUUCCAGAUUCCCAAUAUCGAGGUUCGCGGCAAAUACACAUGGCCAUAA